AUGGCACUCUCCGUCGAGUCGUUGAAUGGAGACACUUCCUUUCUCCUUACCUUUGAUCCACCCGCAGCCCCACUAUCGUCACCAGGGUUGUUCCCAGGCUCCUUCACGAUUCUGGUUGACCCCUGGCUGUCAGGGCCGUCAAUCAUCCUAAACUCCAUCUUCUCGCAUUCUGAGCAAAGAGCAAAACCUUCCAUAUCGAGCCUCAAAGACCUUGACCGCGAACCCGAUCUCGUGCUUAUAUCUCAAGACAAGCCGGACCACUGCCAUGAAGCCACAUUGCGCCAACUUCCACCAGAUUCGGAGACGACUAUUCUAGCCAUCCCAUCUGCAGCCAAAAAGAUUCGGUCGUGGAAACACUUCCGUCCCAACCUUGUACAUGCUCUACCAAAAUACGUCGAGGGCGAUGGUCGGUCUAUACACCGUGUAGUAAUACCGCCACCGUCUCCUCGAGGGACGUGUGGUGAGAUAACCGUAACUUGGAUUCCAGCGAAACGAGACCUAUCCAAAGUACACCACGCCAUUGGAAUAACAUAUCGGCCUCCGUGUACUGUGCUCUCAUCGCUUAGUCCAAUGCACUAUAUCGACCUGCCCAUGAGCCCGCCCCCCUCACCAGGAUCCCCUAUGACCAUUGCCUCAUCACCUCGUACAAUAGUGCCGUCGCCCUACAAUGAUCGUGAGAAGACUUUGUCCGUCAUCUAUUCGCCUCACGGUGUGUCAUACGACGUGAUUCGUCCCUACGCAAGCUCGUACCUUGUCUCGGAAUCUGCCCUUCCACUCACAGCGCUUCUGCAUUCUUUCGACUGCGUGGAGAACCCUUGGUGGCUGGGAGGCAACAUAUCUGCUGGAAGUCCCGGUGGCACUGAGAUUGCCAAGAGUCUUUAUGCCAAAGCAUGGAUCUCUGCCCACGAUGCAGACAAGGACAAUCGAGGCUGGGCAGUCAAGUUGACACAGAUUGCACAACACGCAGUCGACGAAGUGAAGAAGAUGGUGGAAGAAGGUGUUGUCAGGAAGAAGCUACCCAACACCGAGAUCAUAACACUGGGUUCUGGAGAGAAACAUCGGAUCGCUGUCGGAUGA